AUAAAAUCCAUUUUGAACUAUGAAUCGAUUUAGAAUUGUGAUGAAUAGGAUCGAUUUGUUGUUGUGCACCCUUCAUGUUAAUUCAGGGUGUGUGAAAACAGUUCUGCUCAUUUGUCCCAGGGGACAUCUUCUUUGUGUCCACUCAACAGGUGUCGGAUGCUUCCACAGGAGGAGGCGGGGAAGAGGGAGGGGGGGGGGAGGAAUUGGGUGCAGGUGGAAGCCGUAUUUAAGACGAGGGUCCUGAUCCUCGUCUUCAUCAGUCGUUCUCUUGGCACCUGAACCUCCAGCCUGUCCUCGCCCUCCGGUCAGGUAAGACGACGAUCGCUGGUCAAAAGUUUGGACGCCCCCUUUUUGCCUGUUUUUGAGUGAGAAUGUGUCCCAGGACCUUUGCAGUCCUGCAGGGAUCAUGUUGUCUGCUCCCAGGGGCUGGCGUUUUGCCUCACUCCGGUCUUUCUUCUCUGCCCAGAAUGUCUAUGCCCAACUCGGAGAACGCCUCCACCCUGGAGAACGCCAUGCAGCUCAUGAUCCAAACCUUCCACAAGUACUCGGGCAACGAGGGCGACAAAUACACGCUGAGCAGGGCCGAGCUCAAAGAGAUGCUGACUGCGGAGCUGGGCAACUACUUGGGGAACGCCCAAGACAAGGAGGCGGUGGACAAGGUCAUGGGCGACCUGGACUCCAACGGGGACGGCGAGGUGGACUUCACCGAGUUCAUCAUCCUGGUGGGCGCCCUCACCGUGGCGUGCAAUGACUUUUUCCUGGAAUACAACGACAAGCCCCCCGCCAAGAAGUGAGCACGGCGUUCCGUCUGCAGCGUUUGCACGUGGCGCAACACUCCGGGAAGGGCAACCAUGUGGGAGGAGAGCGAGAGAGGACCAGACGCGUGUCUUAGAUAAGUCGCUUUUGACUCCGUGUUGACGUUCGUCUGUCUUUGUUUUGUAGCACUUUCCAGCUGUGAGUCCUCCCUGGGAAGAAUAAAGUGGUCUUUGUUCAAGCGACGCCAGUCUUGACUGUCAUGUGUUGCAAUAAAAGCCCACCAGGUGGCAGUAAGUAGCCCUCAAUGAACCUCCUGGGAGUCCACAUCCUCUGCAGUGGACCUUUUUGUUUCGCAUA